AUGCCGUUGGUGUUACGUGUUAUCACACUCAAUUGUUGGGCUUUGCCACUUCGAUGGCCGUUCGGGAGCAGCGAUUCGCGUUAUCGUAUAGCCAAAAUAGGCGAGGCACUUCUCGAGCAAAAAUACGACGUAGUUUCUCUUGAAGAAGUGUGGAGUGAAGAUGAUUUUAUUCGUUUGCAGGAAAUGCUCAAAGUGGCUUACCCUUUCAGCUAUUACUUUCACAGUGGCUUUACCGGAAGCGGUGUAUGCAUAUUUUGCCGCCAUUCGAUUGUUUCAACUUUAAUGCAUCGUUAUUCUUUGAACGGGUUUGCUCAUCACAUACAC